CAUCGAUCCUAAAGAUGUCCGCGGCUGCCAGACCCGUUAUCAACGUCUACUCCAAGACCGGCAAGGAUGCUUCUGCCACCCUUCCCCUCCCCGCUGUCUUCAAGGCCCCCAUCCGUCCCGACAUUGUGAACUUUGUCCACACCAACAUGGCCAAGAACAAGCGUCAGCCCUACGCUGUCUCUGAGAAGGCUGGUCACCAGACUUCCGCCGAGUCCUGGGGUACUGGUCGUGCUGUUGCCCGUAUUCCCCGUGUCAACGGUUCCGGUACUCACCGCGCUGGUCAGGCUGCUUUCGGUAACAUGUGCCGUGGUGGUCGUAUGUUCGCUCCUACCAAGACCUGGCGCAAGUGGCACAUCAAGACCAACUUGAACCAGAAGCGUUUCGCCACUGCCUCUGCUUUGGCUGCCUCUGCUCUUCCUUCGUUGGUCAUGGCCCGUGGUCACCGUGUUGAGAAGAUCGAGGAGGUUCCCCUCGUCCUCGCUGAUGAUGUCGAGACCCUCACCAAGACCAAGGAUGCCGUCGCUCUCUUGAAGGCUGUUAACGCCUACGCUGAUGUUGUCAAGGUCUCCAACUCUCGCAAGCUCCGUGCUGGUGUCGGAAAGCUCCGUAACCGUCGUCACCGCCAGCGUCGCGGUCCCCUUGUCAUCUACAACGAGGACAACGGUAUCGUCAAGGCUUUCCGCAACUUGCCCGGUGUUGAGGUUGUCAACGUCCGUCGCUUGAACUUGUUGCAGUUGGCCCCUGGUGGUCACCUUGGCCGUUUCGUCAUCUGGACCAAGAGCGCCUUCGGUCUUUUGGAUGCCCUCUACGGUACCUACGAGACCCCCGCCACCUUGAAGAAGGACUACGUUCUUCCCGCUCACAUCAUGACCAACCCCGAUGUUGCCCGUCUCAUCAACUCUGAUGAAAUCCAGUCUGUUGUCCGCCCCGCUGGUAACAAGCACGAGAAGCGUCCCUUCACCCAGAAGAAGAACCCUCUCCGCAACCAGGGUGUCAUGAACCGCCUCAACCCCUACGCUCAGGUCCUCCGUCGUGCCGAGAUCGUCGCCGACUUGAAGCGCAAGUCUGGCAAGGUCUCUAAGGCCCAGCCCGCCAAGAAGUCCAAGCGCACCAAGCACGUUGCCACCAAGUUCCUCGAGACUCUCCACUCCGCUUAAAUGCGUCCGAACACAUUACCACCCAAAACAACCCUUUCAUCUUCAUUAAUUAAAUAUUUUAUAUUUUUUAUUAAAAUUUGAAUAUUUGGAUAUAUAUUUAUUUAUAUUUAUAUAUAUAAAUUUAUAAAUUUAUAUGUAUUUGUUUUGAGUUUAAUUUGUAUAUGCAGAUGGUUAUAAAAUAUUUGUGUGUACAAGACAAAAACAAAAGAAAGGAUAGUCAAGAAGAGAUUAAUAGACUAGAGAUCUGACGAAUGGAUAUUCGGUCUUGAGGAAAAUGAGGAAAGAGAUAUUUAAAGCUAAGUAAUUAUGGUAGACAGAGAGAAAAUGGACUUCUUCUGGGUGUACCAUAUUUGAAUUAAGAAGAGGUGAUUUUGUUUCAAUUUGUCAAACACAAAUUACGCACCUAUUAAACACAUGCACCUACUCAGGGAAAUGUGUAUAUACGAAUACACACACAGAGAGAGAUACAAGUAUGUAUGAAUGUGUAUGUCUACAUAUUUAUGUGUUUAUGUGCUUAUGGGAUCCUAUGUGUGCAUUUGAUAUACUUGAAAACAGGGAUCAAUCAAGCUUGAAUUAUACACAUAAUAUGUAUUGUAGGUAUUUUAAAGAUGUACAAAAUUAGAGUAUUUGAGUGUCUGGAACGGCAUUUGAAUCCUUGAUGAAAAAGGGGGGAAUAUGAUACGAUGGUACAGCAUGGGAUAUGAUGGGAUGAGUUUGUGGGUUGAUUGGUUGGUUAGUGAAUAGGUGAAUAGGUGAGUGGGGUUAAUGGUCGAGUGAUUAAGUGAGCGAGUAGGCUGAGUGGGAGAUGUAUAAGGGGCGAGGAGGCUAGGAGAGGAG